CUGUCCGCAGUCUCUGGUCAUCCCUGUGCUGUCCGCAGUCUCUGGUCAUCCCUGUGCUGUCCGCAGUCUCUGGUCAUCCCUGUGCUGUCCGCAGUCUCUGGUCAUCCCUGUGCUGUCCGCAGUCUCUGGUCAUCCCUGUGCUGUCCGCAGUCUCUGUCUCUGGUCAUCCCUGUGCUGUCCGCAGUCUCUGGUCAUCCCUGUGCUGUCCGCAGUCUCUGGUCAUCCCUGUGCUGUGUCUGCAGUCUCUGGUCAUCCCCUGUGCUGUGUCUGCAGUCUCUGGUCAUCCCCUGUGCUGUGUCUGCAGUCUCUGGUCAUCCCCUGUGCUGUGUCUGCAGUCUCUGGUCAUCCCCUGUACUGUGUCUGCAGUCUCUGGUCAUCCCCUGUACUGUGUCUGCAGUCUCUGGUCAUCUCCUGUACUGUGUCUGCAGUCUCUGGUCAUCUCCUGUACUGUGUCUGCAGUCUCUGGUCAUCUCCUGUACUGUGUCUGCAGUCUCUGGUCAUCUCCUGUACUGUGUCUGCAGUCUCUGGUCAUCUCCUGUACUGUGUCUGCAGUCUCUGGUCAUCUCCUGUACUGUGUCUGCAGUCUCUGGUCAUCUCCUG